GCUUAGGCAUGUGCUCAACAAGUAGCAGCUACACUCCCCCGAUGCCGAGUUCUGCAAUCAUCCUUUCUACUAAUGAUGGGACAACAGUAAACCCGAUGACUAUUGAACCCACCGUCAAAGGCAUCACAACUCCAACUAAUGAGCCACAAGUAACAAACGCUCCUGAAAUCACAACUUCUGCAAGCCCUUCUAGUGAUUUAAGCAAGACUUCCACACAAACUAUGACAAAUGCUGCAGCUACAAUUCCUCCUGUCACAUCACUUCCUUCAAAUGAGCCAGAACAAACACCACCGCCAAAAACCACAAAGUCCUCAUCACCACCUUCUUCCACUUCUGAUGGCCAUCAUCUCACUACAGCAGGGGCUCUUCCUCUUGGUCCUGCAACCAUCAGUAAAUCCAGGACCACAGCACAGACUACACCACAUGGUAUCGAUAGAAGCCUGAUCCAAACAACCACACCAUCACAACCAUCUAAUCCUCCUGACCAACCCUCUGAGUUGCCUACUUCACUUCCAGACAUUCAGGGCAACAAGGGGACAACCUUAAACACAGAGGCCCCAACAUUUGCUCCUCCACCUGAGAAGACAUCCACCAAGAGCUGGUCAGGUACUGAGGCAGGAUCUACCCCAGGGUUGUCAUCAACUGGACCCAGGUCAACUGUGAAGCCAAAUUUCUCCAUCUACACCCCCAGCCAGACUACGAUCACACCACGUAACACCGAGGCUUCACGUCCCCCGGAUGGCACCACGACACAAAUUAUCUUCAAUCCUAAGGCUCUGCCAAACAAGUUCACUUAUUCUCUGCUGGAUGUGCUGGAGACAGUCAAAGAGAAAGGUUUUGCAGAGUUGUGCAAGAAGCUGAUGCCAAACUGGCAAAAUGGAACCUGCAUCCUGAUGUGGAGGCAAUUCAGCGACAAAGUGCAUUUUGAUAGUGUAGAGAUCAACGGUCAAGUGAAGACCAGCCUUGCAGAGCAGUAUUAUGAAGAAAUGACCCAGGAAGACAUCUCCACGAAGAAGCCAACUGAUUACAAAACUCUGAUAGCCAUCCUGGCAUCCUGUGGUGCUCUGCUCAUCAUGAUCAUCAUCCUGACUGUUUGUGCAUCUCACCAUCGGAAGCCAUGCAACGAGAACCAGCAGUACCUGACAGAGGAGCUACACACGGUGGAGAACUGCUACCAUGACAACCCCACGCUGGAGGUGAUGGAGUCACAGCCGGAGAUGCAGGAGAAGAAGGUGGUGCUCAACGGGGAGUUCAACGAUAGCUGGAUCGUCCCCAUCGACAAUAUGAUUAAGGAGGACAUCCCCGAUGAGGAGGACACACACCUUUAAAGACAGCAUGGAAUAGUGUGAUGGGACCAGAACCUCCACGAUCCCCCUGCCCUCCAGACUCGUGUUUGGAAAUGUUCUACAGAACAUCUGACCAGUUUUUUUCCAUGUGUUCAUGCUGUCAAGUGUUUUAUGCGAUAGUUUAAUAUUAAUAUUGGUCUUUUAUUUCCAGCAUUUUAUAUUUUUUAUGAUGUGUAAAUCUAAAACCUCUUAAGGAGUCCCUCAGGGUAGCUUAAAGAGAGUUGAACAGAAGCA